UUUCAAUGCAGGGCAGAUAAGAUGUCGGAGAAGAAGCCAAAGAGGAUCCUGGUGACCGGUGGUUCCGGCCUGGUGGGGAAGGCUAUUGAGAAGGUGGUGAAGGACGGAGAGGGACGUCCUGAUGAAGAAUGGAUCUUUGUGGCCUCCAAGGAUGCCGAUCUGAAGAGCGCUGCAGACACCCGAGCAUUGUUUGAGAGAAGCACAGACCCACCCACGUCAUUCACUUGGCAGCCAUGGUGGGAGGACUAUUCCGGAAUAUGAAGUAUAACCUCGAUUUCUUGAGGAACAAUCUCCAUAUUAACGACAACGUCCUGCACUCGGCGUAUGAGUUGGGGGUGGAGAAGGUGGUCUCCUGCCUCUCGACCUGCAUCUUCCCUGACAAGACCACUUACCCCAUCGACGAGACCAUGAUCCACAACGGACCACCCCAUGGCUCCAACUUUGGUUAUUCCUAUGCCAAGAGGAUGAUCGAUGUCCAGAACAGGGCAUACUAUGAGCAGCACGGCUGCAAGUUUACAUCCGUCAUCCCCACCAACGUCUUCGGCUCGCAUGACAACUUUAACAUAGAGGAUGGACAUGUCCUGCCGGGGCUCAUCCACAAGGUGUAUCUGGCCAAACAAAACGGCACUGCGUUGAGUAUCUGGGGCACCGGGAAGCCACGUCGGCAGUUCAUCUAUUCAUUGGAUCUGGCCAGACUCUUCAUCUGGGUGUUGCGGGAAUAUAACGAGGUGGAGCCCAUCAUCCUCUCAGUGGGAGAAGAAGAUGAAGUGUCCAUAAAGGAAGCUGCGGAGAGUAUCGUAGCCGCCAUGGACUUUAAGGGAGAAGUGAUUUUUGACAGCACAAAGUCCGACGGGCAGUUUAAAAAAACAGCAAGUAACUGCAAGCUGAGGAAAUACCUCCCCGACUUCAAGUUUACCCCAUUUAACCAAGCGGUCCAGGAGACGUGUAGCUGGUUUAACGCGAACUAUGAGCAGGCCAGGAAAUGA